GAGGACCAGGCACAGGUGGUGGGUGCCAUUUCUUCUACCUAAUGAAAGACCAAGAAGAAACUUGUCAUGCUCACACCCAGGAUGGCACCAGGCAAACCUUAGAGGCCCCGGUGAGCUGCUGCUAGGCAUGCAGCAGUGUGUGCUGUUCAGGACAGCCAAGGAGGGGAGUUGUUUUCCUGGGGCUAUUCCUGUCACCCAGUCACCAUCACACUGAGCUCCUUCCCAGCGGGACUGGUGGGCUCAGCUUGCUGAAAUCUUUCUGCGCGUGGCUCAUUAAUUAGGUCAUAUUCCAGCACUGUAGUCAGUUGCUGCUGGUGUUCAGGGUUUUGACCGUAAGUACAGCUACAGCUUUGGUUCGCUACAGGGAAACCACGAGGGAUUGAAUGGUUCUGGGAGGGGGAGUGCAGGCUUCCGUCUGAGCGCUGAGGGUCUGGACCAUCUUUAGGAACCCGUGCCACCGGCCCCCUCCUUGCUCUGCCCUCCUGAGUUCCGGUCGUAGGCGCACACUGGCUCCUAGCUCGGCGGGGCACCUUCCCGGACAGCCCUGCCAGCUGGGCCUCAGACUCUGCGGCCACCUGGGAUCCACCGGCAAGGACUCAGAGUUUUCCAGUAAAAUGAUCUUGUCUGUGUGUAUAUUUCUUAAUCCCCUCCCCCUUUCCUUGUUUUAUUUUUUAAUUAGUAGUAGUCUUACUCUGGAAUCUGUAAUAAACAAAUUUCUGUUACCACAGAGAAAUUUGGCUAAUUUUUUUUUCUUCCUGAUUUCCUUAGAAAUCCUAAGUAAUGCACUGAAGAGAGGAGAGAUCAUUGCAAAGCAGGGAGGAGGUGGAGGCGGAGGCAGUGUCCCUGGGAUGGAGAGGAUGGGCCCCGGCAUUGACCGCAUUGGGGGUGCCGGCAUGGAGCGCAUGGGCGCGGGCCUGGGCCAUGGCAUGGAUCGUGUGGGCUCUGAGAUUGAGCGCAUGGGCCUGGUCAUGGACCGCAUGGGCUCAGUCGAGCGCAUGGGCUCUGGCAUUGAGCGCAUGGGCCCCCUGGGCCUCGACCACAUGGCCUCCAGCAUCGAGCGCAUGGGCCAGACCAUGGAGCGCAUCGGCUCCGGCGUGGAGCGCAUGGGCGCCGGCAUGGGCUUUGGCCUGGAGCGCAUGGCCGCACCCAUCGACCGUGUGGGCCAGACCAUUGAGCGCAUGGGCUCUGGUGUGGAGCGUAUGGGCCCUGCCAUUGAGCGCAUGGGCCUGAGCAUGGAGCGCAUGGUCCCCGCAGGCAUGGGGGCUGGCCUGGAGCGCAUGGGCCCCGUGAUGGAUCGCAUGGCCACCGGCCUGGAGCGCAUGGGCGCCAACAACCUGGAGCGCAUGGGUCUGGAGCGCAUGGGCGCCAACAGUCUCGAGCGCAUGGGCCUGGAGCGCAUGGGCGCCAACAGCCUGGAGCGCAUGGGUCCUGCCAUGGGCCCGGCCCUGGGUGCUGGCAUUGAGCGCAUGGGCCUGGCCAUGGGUGGCGGUGGUGGUGCCGGCUUUGAUCGCGCCAUCGAGAUGGAGCGCGGCAACUUUGGAGGAAGCUUCGCGGGUUCCUUUGGUGGAGCUGGAGGCCAUGCUCCUGGGGUGGCCAGGAAGGCCUGCCAGAUAUUUGUGAGAAAUCUCCCAUUUGAUUUUACAUGGAAGAUGCUAAAAGACAAAUUCAACGAAUGUGUUGUGGUCUCUUCUCCCCCUGUGCCCAGGCCACGUGCUGUACGCCGACAUCAAGAUGGAGAAUGGGAAAUCCAAGGGCUGCGGUGUGGUUAAGUUUGAGUCACCCGAGGUGGCCGAGAGGGCCUGCCGGAUGAUGAAUGGGAUGAAGCUGAGUGGCCGAGAGAUUGAUGUCCGAAUCGAUAGAAACGCUUAAACAGUUGCCUUUUUUAAACAUCGAUACCAGAUCUCUGAAUUUGUAUUUUUUCUUGUUAACCAUUUUAAUUUGUUGGCUGGAUGUAUAAAGAUGUUUAAAAAAUUCAGUUGCUUUUUGGGGUAAUUUGAAUUACUUUUUUAAUGACUGGGGUUCCAUUUGACUGUUUGCAUUGAGAUUGAUUGCAACGUGCGCAGUUUUUUUUGUAGUUGUGACAUCUUGUUGACAUCAAAUAUGACUUUGAUAAUAAAUACAAUUCCUGAAAGCUG